AUCCAGAUCCUAUCACAUUUAGAUCCGACGAGUCGCUUAGCAAUCCACCUAGCAAACUCGGUCUCGCUCGCAAUCUUAUCUGCCACUGAUUGGCCUGCGGUUGAAGACCAUGCCGCGCUUGGGGUAUCGCAAGUCCCGCACCGGAUGCGCGAGGUGUAAGCAAAGACGGGUCAAGGUAUCACAACAUCAAUUCGUUACACACUUUGCUGCUGGUUAGUUGAGGAUAGCCAUACUGACGCAGUGAGACACAGUGUGAUGAGGAGGUACCCUGUUCCGCCUGUAUAAGACAUGGAGUCAGAUGCAGCCUCAUUAAGACCCCGCCGAGAUCCGGCCCAGCUACCUCUAGCAACGGCAACUCGCCCGAACAGAUGUUUACCUCAGGCGAGGGCCGGAGCAAUUCCUGGGUGAGCGUCUCGAGUGAUCCAGCGCCUUCUGCCUCACGUUCACUACGCAACAUUGCCCCAGCCCUCACCCCAGCGUCUGUAUUAGGCGCGAGCCAUACUUCUCCCCGUCACAACCUCACGCCGCCAGCCGUGAAUCUCGAUCCACUGCUGUUCUUUGCGGAUGUGGCGCGGGAUCUUGGUACGGCAACGACCAGCACCUGGGUAACCGAUUUGGAGUUGAUGCAUCACUGGACAGUCUCUACCUACCGCACGCUGCCGCGAGCCAAUGAAGUCUUCACAAUAUGGCAGACUGAGAUUCCCAAAAUGUCCCUGAAGUAUACGUAUCUACUACACCAAAUCCUCGCCAUCGCCGCGUAUCACCUGGCCGUGCUCGAACCAGACAAACGCGCCAUGUACCUUAUGCAAGCCUCUAACCACCAAGAUCACGCGGCUAAAGGCCUGCGAUGUGCGCUACCCUCGAUUGAUGACGAGACUUGCCAUCCGCUCUUUGCGGCGUCAUCUUUGCUCAUGAUCAGCGCCUUCGCCCGCUUCUCCGUCCACCGCAGGGAAGACAGCAUGUACGUCAUCGACGACCUGAUCGAAGUAUUCAUCUUCAUCCGGGGCAUGGGCUCAAUCCUCGACAACUGGGAUGACAAGAUCAAAGUCGGUUGUCUGGGCCGACUGCUGCGUCUCCCCAACUACGCCAACACAAGCCCCUUGCUCACAGAGAUCAACGAGCGUCUGGAAAUGUUCGCGCUGCCCGAAGAUAUGAAUAUGCACGCGAGGUUUCUAUGUCAAAAUACCAUCACCAGUCUGCGCAAGUGUUGUAACAGCUCGCUCGCCUCCACCAGCAUCCCCAAAGUUAGAGUCUGCAUGGCCUGGCCCACUGGCCUCGACGACGAAUUCAUGAAUCUCAUUCGGAAACGUCAUCCCGUGGCAUUGAUCAUACUCUCGUAUUACUGCGUAAUUCUGCACUCCUCCGGGGCAAAGAACUGGUUCUUCAAGGACUGGGGCGAUCAUGUGUUGCGGGAGAUUAACAGCGUCGUUGGCGCCGAUUGGGCGAGCCAUAUGGAGUGGCAUAUGAAGUGUCUAGAGGCCGACUCGGCAUUCUCAGGUGCUGAAUAGUUCAAACCCUAAGUCUCUGUGACAAGCUUUCUUGCUAACGUCUGACAAGGUGACGUCGGCGAGCUGAUCAGAAAAACGGAUAUGUGUGAGAUUUAGCCUUGGAAGCGAUUGAGCGGGGGGUGGAUAUCCACAUG